ACCACUUACUACAGAGGAGGAUUUUGUCUGCGAAAAACGAGCUCUGGUUUGCAUUUGAUGAUCAACCUAUGCGAUUUUCGCUAAGGGAAUUCGUCAUUACAACAGGCCUUCCCGUAGGCACUGUUCCAUCAGGUACUGUUACAUCGAAAAAAGAUUUGUGGAUGAAUGAUAAAAUGACCUGCAAACGUCUUCUUGAUACUUUGAAAGUUAAAGGGAAAGACAUGAAAUCUGAGGAAAGAAUUAGAUUAGGUGCUUUGAUACUAGUGGAGGGGAUAUUGAUAGCUCAAAAUCCAGUAGUUCAAAUUCCCUUAAAGAAUUUGCUGAGAGCCAGUAGUUUUGAGAAUUUCUGUAAGUAUCCUUGGGGUGAAAUUGCUUACGAAUCAUUAGUGAGAGAUGUGAAACAAAUGACUGUGGGAACGUUGGCAAAGAAACAGUAUGGAAUGGCUGGCUUUCCAUUUGCAAUCCAAAUCUGGUUGUUAUCUUCAGUUCGACAGCUAGGGGAACAUUUUGGUGUUAGGGAAAGCAUUUCAAGCCAAAAUCAACAUCUCCCACUGAUCUUGCAAUGGCAAAAGACAUCUUCCCCAAAAUUCAAUGAAAUAAAAUUUGUUUUCGAGUCUUGCAAGUUUGAAGUGAAAACAAUUGUCGGUGAUCCCGAUGAAUAUAGCCAUUUGGUUAUGCCACCGAAUGAUGAAGACAAGGAUUUUGACGAAGUUGUUAAACUUGUAAUCCAAGGCUAUAGGAUGACUAAGGAGGAAUGGAUUCAAGGAUUUAUUCAAGUUGAAAAGGGAGAACAAAAUCAAAAAAAGCGUGUGAGAGAAGCUGCAGGAUUAGUGAGACUGGAGAAUCAUGUGGGGAUCACUACUGCUGCUGCAACACCACAAUGGGAAUCAAGGGCAUUUCAAGAAGAGGAAGUACCAGCCUCGGCAACUGCAUUUCAAGAAGAGGAAGUACCAGCCUCUGCAACUGCUUCCCAAAAAGAGGAAGUACCAGCCUCUGCAACUGCUUUCCAAGAAGAGGAAGUACAAGCCUCUGCCACUUCUUUUCAAGAAGAGGAAGUACGAGCCUCUGCCCCCGAUUUUGAAGAAGAGGAAGUACCACCUUCUCCAAGUAAAUUUGUAUCUAAAGAAGAUAAUCAAGAUUAUCAACAUGAGAAACAUACUGACUUGAGAGGGGACCCAAGUGUUAUUCCUGAAGAAAAUACCCAGGAUACUAAUGAAAAUGAUCCACAAGAAGAGGAUAUGAAUAAUGAUAAGGAUGAGAAGCCUAACAGUGCUGAUGAUGUAUACUCAAGUCAAGAAGAAGCGUACACUAUUAUAUCAGAUGACGAAGAGUAUGGGCGUGGUGGUCCAGGGAUAUCUGCGUUUCCAAAGGAAGACAACAUCUUCUGCUGGAAAGGGACGAUAACAGGAAGCUAUUGGCAGGGAGAAAAACUAGUUUUUACAAGAGACAUCUUACUGGGGAAGAUUGGGUGA